AUGCAAUCUUUAUUCCUUGCCACAAUUGAUGACUAUGAACAAGCAAUAAACUCUCCCAUUGCCUCUGAGUUUAACUUUCCUAAUUUAAAUGAUUUUCGUACAAGGGAGUUAAAUGAUUUAAUUUCUAAAUUUCAUCAAAGACUUUAUGAAAAAGUUACAGAAGGAGGGUGUGAGGUUUCUUUUAGCAUACAAACAAAACAAAUUGGUUUUGAAAUGUGGUACUUUUUGUCAGUAAUAAUUCUUGAUAGAAAUUUUGUUCAAGAAACAUAUUUAGUUAAUGUAUCCAACUUUACACGAAUAACAAGUGAUUUAAUUUUGAAAAUCACAACGGAGAUAUUCCCAUCACUUCAUAGAGAUACUUUUGUAUCAAUUCAUGAACCAAAAACUGUAAAUACAGUUAUGAAAUUUAGUAGUGAUAGAUAUGUGGUUAUUGACAAUUGUAACAUUUUUGCUGCAAUCAACUUUACACUAUAUCAUAACCUUUCAUCAUUUUUUAAAGAACUUUUUGGUUUUGCUAAACAAAUAAACAACCAAAUAAAUUCUUCUAAACAGAAAUCACUUCUUCUUAAAGGAAUAGGAAAUGAAAAAAUAUUUACUAAGGAAAGUCAUGCGAUUAAAAGACUUAGAUUCACUCAUCCACAACUAUCAUUUAGAUUCAUUGAAUGGUGUAUUUUAAAUUAUUCUGAAAUUACCCAUCACGGUCAAAUUCAAAAUGAUGAACUUAUUGAAAAAAUGAAAUUAGUAUUUAACCAAGUUAAACCAAUAUACGAUAUUAUUAAUGUCCUUGAUGAUACAGUUUAUUUGGAUGAUUAUAUAUCCCAAUUAGAUAUUCUUAUAAAUACGCAAAUAGAAACAAUACAUAAUGAUGAACUAUCAAAAGAGUUGGUUGAAUGUUUUAAUAAAGCACGUAAAAUAUGGAUUUCAUUAAAAGAAGAAAAUAAAUCAUUUUAUGAUUGUGUUUUAUUCUUCUCUCCAUCAAAAAAAUGUUGUAUAAAAAAUCCAUUACAAUGUCCAUCUUUAAAAUGGAUGUUAGAUGUUGUUAGCAAAGAUGAAUUUAUGGCAUAUUAUAAUGAGCCAAUAACACAAACAGAUAGUUUAUCAUAUUGGAAACAUCAAGUUAAUUAUACUAAUUUAAGAAUAUAUUCCAGAAAAUAUAUUGGAAUUAAAGUUCAUUCGGGUUUACUUAAUCAACAGGAUAAACAAGAAUUUAUAAAACUUUAUAAGAGAGCUGUUAAAAAAAAUAACUCAAAAUUUAUUAUUGCUCAAUUGUUUGUUAUAAGGCAAAAUGCUUUAGAAUUACUUCAUAUACUUAAAAAUAAUGAAAUAUCAACCCAAAGAAGAAAAAUACCUGAUUCUAAUAACACAGAUGAUAACAAUCAAAUAAAUGACUUAAAUCAUAAAAUAAAAGAAGAAAAUCAAAUGAUUAAAGAAGAAGUAAGUGCUCUACCACCUCAAACUUCAAUAGAUGAACAAGCUACUUUGUUCUAUCCUCAUGAAAAUGAUAAUAACCUUUAUGGUUUUAGACAAAAUGUUGGACAAGAAGAUAAUGAUGUUGUUUUUGGAGAAAAUGAAACACAACAAAAUCAAAUAACACAAAAUAAUUCAAUCGAAUAUCUUGACCUUGAUGUAGAAGAACAAAAACCAAAGUCAAUACUUCCAAGGAAUAUACUUUUUAAUUAA